ACAAAACACAAUACGCUAUUGCCGAAGCUCGCUGGUGAUCAGUCUGUCUCUUUCACGCUACAAGGAAAUAAUUCCCCUUCUACUUUCUUCCGUGCUGUUUUCAUAUACCGCUCCCCUAACCAACUUAGUGACGAAACGGCCUCACCUAGUACCAUAGACCCGUCUUGGUGUAAAUAUUUAGAUGUAAACAAAUCGUUGUUGCAAACAUUGUUUUCUCACGCCUGAUUUCGCAAAUAGUAUCGUAAAAUGUUUGAUCAAACACUGAUUUCACAGAACAUGACUGAUAUUUUGGACGAGCAUUAUUUUCGUGCCGUAAGCAUUUAUCUCUUCAAACCACAUGUUGUCAACCGAAAGUUAUUUGGAGUUGAUAAACUGUUAUCGUUUGCUUACCGGAAACAUGUUGAUGCUCAUUCACUGGAUACCUUAUCUUUUUUAAAAAAAUGCCAAGCUCGUUCAUUAGAAGGCAGUUCUAAUGACGAAAUAAUUUCCAGUUUGAGUGACCAAUUCCAUAUAGAUAUCGAGAAAACCGCGGACAUCAUUUUAAACCCACAGGAACGCAAUCACGAAAGCUGUGAGGGAUACAUUGUGUUGAAUCGAUUUCUGCCCAGAAAUUUGAACGUAUUUGGAACCCUUGAUGUACUAGCGGUUAUAAAUAUAGAAUCAAAAUCCUCGUCCUUUAUUUGCCUACAAGUGGAAGAAAAUAAUCUGACACCAAAAUUUCCAUUUACAAUUCAACUCACAGAACAAACGCUGUCUAUAAAAUGCAAUUCUCAAGAAACCGUUGAUGAAAAAUCUACCACCUGGCUGAGAGAAAUUCUUUUCCACAAAUUGUUGAAAUGGAUCGACAAUUUUCAGCAAGAAUCAAAUACGACAAAAUCAAACGGUGAGCUCAUCUCACUGAAUCUAAUAAAAAAAUUGGAGGAAUAUAAUGUUCUGUACAGUCAACUCAAAAUCAAGUAUGCCACAGAAAUGGUAAAGAAUUGGCCAGAGACUACGGAUCCGCGAAAGUAUGUCUAUGAGGAUGUGGCCAUCGCUACCUAUUUACUGUUACUCUGGAAGCAGGAACGAGAGAAUACCGGAUGCGAACGCAGGCAAUCGUUUGUCGAUGUAGGUUGUGGGAACGGAUUGUUGGUUUACAUCCUGACAUCAGAAGGUCAUGAUGGAAUGGGAAUUGAUCUGAGGAAACGGAAAAUCUGGGACAUCUAUCCACAAAAUGUCAAACUCAUAGAGGAGUCUAUUGUGCCAUCGGAAAGUUCAAUGUUUACUGACAUCGAUUGGGUUAUUGGCAAUCAUUCGGAUGAACUGUCGCCCUGGAUCCCAGUGAUAGCGGCGAGAAGCACCUUUCGUUGUCGAUAUUUUCUACUACCAUGUUGUGCAUUUGAGUUCAAUGGAAGCAAGUUUCAACGUCAGAAUGCUGGUGUUAGUCAAUAUAAUGGGUUCCUGCAGUACGUAAGUCAAAUUUCAGAAGUAUGUGGUUUUAAAACGACAAUCGAUCGACUUAAGAUACCCAGCACAAAGCGGAGAGAUAUGCAUUCAAAGUUAAUCACAGAAUUUGAUUUAUUUGAUGAAUAAAAUAAAGAAAACGCU